AUGGUUCUAAAAAAACUGAAUAUUAACGAUUCCUCAUCGACAUACUGCAGAUCAAAACACUCGUCUCCGAAUUCAUCCCGAACAGCAUCUCCAAGACCACGGCGCAAACUCACAUCAGAAAGCGAUAAAUCACCUGUAAACGGAGCUAGUGAAGAAUGUGCCGCCAACUAUCCCUACGCGCUGAUUAGUAAGUACGGAGUACGCCGUCUGAUUGGGGAAGGAAAUUUCGCCGUUGUCAAGGAAUGCUGGGCCAGGUCGACAAACACGCGAUACGCUUUGAAAAUUAUCGACAAAACGAAAUGUUUAGGAAAUAGACAGAAUUCUUUAAGAACUUGUCAUUUUUUUCUUUUUCUUUCUUUUUUUCUUUCUUUCUUUCUUCCUUCCUUUUUUUCUUUCUUUCUUUCUUUAAGAACUCGUAAUGUUUCUCUUUUCCUUUCUUUCUUUCUUUUUUUAAGAAAUCGUCAUUUUUCUUUUUUUCUUUCUUUAAGAAAUCGUCAUUUUUCUCAUUUUCUGUCCUUCUUUAGCUUUAAGAAAACAUCAUUUUUCUCUUUUUCUUUCUUUCUUUCUUUAAGAACUCAUCAUAUUUCCCUUUUUCUUUCUUUUUUCUUUUUUAAUAACUCAUCAUUUUUCUUUUUUUCCUUUAUUUCUUUCUUUUCUUUGAUACUUCUACUCGUCAUUUUUCUUUCUCUUUCUUUCUUUCUUUCUUUAAUAACUCAUCAUUUUUCUCUUUUUCCUUUAUUUCUUAAUACUUCACAUAUUCUUUCUUUAUUUACUUCUUUCUUUCUUUCUUUGAAACUCGUCAUUUUCUUUUUUUCUUUCUUUCUUUCUUUCUUCUUUUCCUUUAAUUAUUCUUUCUUUUCAUUUCUUCUUUUUUAUUUAUUUUCUUUAAUAACUCUUCAGUUAUUCUUUCUUUCUUUACUUCUUCAUUUAUUUAUUUCUUUAAAUAAAUCCUUCUUUUUCUUUAAUAACUUGUCAUUUUUUCUUUCUUUCUUUAAUAGCUCGUCAUUUUUCUCUUUUUCUUCCUUUCCUUCCUUCUUUUUCUUUAAUAACUUGUCAUUUUCUUCCUUUCUUUCUUUAAUAACUCCACAUUUUUUUCUUUCUAUCUCUCUUUCUUUCAUAUUUCUUUCUUUCUUUUUCUUUCUUUCUUUCUUUCUUAAUAUCUCGGGGCUUCUUUCUUACUGCAUACUUUGCCUAUUCUUAUGUUUUUUUUUAACAACUCAUCCAACGUUCUUUCUUUUCUUUUUUACUUAUUACCUAAUAUUUUCCUUCUCUCUUUGUUUGUUUGUUUCUUACUUUCUUCCCUUUUGUCCUUCUUUCUACCCCCCCACCUCCAUCCUACUUCUUUCAUUCAUCCUUGUUUUUUUCUUCCUUCCUUCCUUCCUUCCUUCCUAA